CGUCACGUCGCUUAGAAGAAAAUAAUUUUCUAGAUGGGUAUUUUCUUCCAAAUGAAGUAGGUCGUCAUCAGGUAAUUGUAUUCCCAAAAGCAGAAUGGGAAAGGAUUCAGGACAAUCUUGGCAGCACAACUAGAGAAGCAGCACGCAUCCUCGCUGAGAAGAAAGAACGGGAAGAAAUGCACUUACGGUCCAAAGCUGCUGUAAAAGACUGGCCCAAUAACAUUAUGGGCCUGGCACAACAGAAACAUAAAGCCAAAAAAAUGCGUGAAGAAAGGGAAGAGGAAGAAAGAAAGUUACUUGAUUUGGAAGAAGAACAGUUCCAAGCAGCAAAGCGGAAAGAGGCUAUUGACCACGCAAAAACCUACUUAUACUACCAGAACGAAAGAGUGAAAGCGUUGCAUAGUGCACUUCUACUUACUGAGGUCCUAAAAGAACGAGAUGCUCAAGUUGAAUUUAAAAAGUCUAAGUCAGUUGUUAACAAAAAGAAGGACGAAGAAACAGAACAGGAACGUAAAGAAGCUGUUCUCAGAGAGCAAGAAAAGGCACAUCAGCGUUAUAUGAACCAACAGGCACUACACAGAGAUCAGCUGGAACAAAUAAAGGAGCGCAAGCAUCGGGCAGAUCUGGCCAAGCUAGAGGACAUACGAGAGGGGGAAAAAAUACAGAGAUUGAACCAAUUGUACCAACUGGAAAUUCAGAGAAGAAAGGAAAAGGAACAGGAGGAAAAAAUUGAACGCCAGCGGUUGUAUCACGAGCAUGUAAAUGACCAGAAAAUCAUCAAAGCAAUAGAGGAACAAAAACAAAUGGAAGAAGAUGAUCGGAUUAAAGCUCAUUUUAAAGCAAAGGCAACUAUUGCCAGGCUGAUAAAAGAGAAAGAAGCUGAAAUGCGUAGACUAGCACAGGAACGUCAGGACAAAAUCAUCAGCCAACUAGCUGUAGAAAUGAACAAGGCAUUAAAGAGGGAAGAUGAUCGUCUUGCUAGAGACAUUGCAAAAAAAGAAGCUGAGGAAGAAAAAAAAUGCAAAGAGAAAGAAGUAAAAGAAAAGGCAGCCAUUGAAUCUAUUGCUGAACAUAGAGCUACUGUGAUGAAGAUGAAAGUGGAAAAAGAGAAGGAGGAAAAAGCAGAGGGUAAAAAAGAACUCCAUGAAUUAAUGGAAAAGAACCGCAUCUACCUGGAAAUGGAAAAAGCCAAGAAACAAAGACAACGUGAUGCAAACAUGGAAGUACAGAAAAUCCAGAUCCAGCAAAUGGAAAAGCAAGCAGAGCUGGACUACGAUGCUCAGAGAGAGGCUAUUGCACUUUUUAAGGAGCAAGAAUUUCAGAACUAUGCAAAGCAAGUAAUUGAAUCAGAGUCCAAGACUACACAUCAUCUUUAUCCUCUUCUCAAAGCAUCCAAAGUUCCUGAGCCUGGCUUCCAACAGCAACAGGCUUUGAAGAAAGGACAGGACGCCAGCAAGAGGCGAGGUCGCUCCUGCGAGCUGCGGGCCAAGCAGCGGUUUUACCCCCCCGCAGGACAGAACAGCUGGAC